CUGCGCCUGCGCCAGAAGUGCUGCUCGUUCCCGGAAGUGGAGGAUCUACACAUAGCGCCGCUGGGUCUAGGCGCCCGGAGGCAGCAGUGCUCGCGGAGCUUGCCUCCCGACCCUUGACUACCAUGUCGGCUUUUGACGCCAACCCCUUCGCGGACCCAGUGGACGUAAACCCUUUCCAGGACCCCUCUGUGACCCAGCUGACCAACCCUCCGCAGAGUGGCCUAGCCGAGUUCAACCCCUUCUCCGAGACAAAUGCAGCAACAACAGUGCCCGCCACUCAGCUGACUGGGCCCUCACAGCCAGCAGUUCUCCAGCCCUCCGUGGAGCCCACGCAGCCAAGCCCCCAGGCUGUGGCAGCUGCAGCCCAAGCAGGCCUGCUCCGGCAGCAGGAGGAACUGGACAGGAAAGCUGCAGAGCUGGAGCGCAAGGAGCGGGAGUUACAGAGCACAGCAGCCAGCUUGCAUGUGAGAGAGAACAACUGGCCACCCCUGCCCACAUGGUGCCCGGUCAAGCCUUGCUUCUAUCAGGAUUUCUCCACUGAGAUCCCUGCCGACUACCAGCGCAUCUGCAAGAUGCUCUACUAUCUUUGGAUGUUGCACUCAGUGACUCUGUUUCUGAACCUGCUCGCAUGCCUGGCCUGGUUCACGGGUGACACUACAAAGGGAGUGGACUUUGGGCUCUCAAUCCUGUGGUUUGUGAUCUUCACGCCCUGUGCCUUCCUCUGCUGGUACCGACCCAUCUAUAAGGCCUUCCGGUCUGACAACUCUUUCAGCUUCUUCGUGUUCUUCUUUGUAUUUUUCUGUCAAAUAGGGGUCUACUUCAUCCAGCUGAUUGGCUUGCCAAACCUGGGGACCAGUGGUUGGAUCGCAGCCCUGUCUACAAUCAAGCAUGAGUCCUUGGCCGUGUCGAUCAUCAUGAUGGUGGUAGCUGGCUUUUUCUCCCUCUGUGCUGGGCUGUCACUGUUCCUCUUGCAGCGGGUGCACUCUUUCUACCGCCGGACAGGAGCCAGCUUCCAGCAGGCCCAGGAAGAGUUUUCCCAGGGUAUCUUCAGCAGCAGGACCUUCCGCAGUGCUGCCUCCUCUGCUGCCCAGGGAGCCUUCCAGGGAAAUUAGCCUGGCUCCGGCCUCUGUCCAGCCUGUUCUGCACCUGCCUUGAGCUGCACUUUCUGUGGUGCCUUAUGCAGUGGGGAUGCCCAGCACAGACCUGACGGGUCCUGUCGUGGCUCUUCCUCCUUCCACAGCGACCAGCUGUCCCUUCCACCGAGGGAAGGGGAGGGAGGGACAGGGACUUUUUUUACACAUGACAAAAGAAAAAUAACAAAGCUGUCUUUCGUUGUCUGGUGGUGGUUUGGUAGGAUCCUUUUAUCGCUGGAAGCAGUGAGCCAGAAGCUGCCUUCCUCAUACAUACAUGCAUGCGCGCGCGCACACCCACCAUCGAAUGCAUGCAGGCAUGGAAACAUGGUCUAGCCUGGGCCCACCACAGCUGGAGUUCCUGUGCACAUCCCAGGACCGCACCAAGCCUGUGGCCUUCAUGGUCCCACUCUUCUGCCAAAACUGGGCUAAGCUUUCCAAGGGCCCCCUUUUGGUGAGCUGCAGUUGGAAUGGGAGGGUGGGUAGCUCUGAUCCCCAAAUUGCUCUAGGGUGGUCUCUGGGCUCCUCUGGCCUGGCCAUCCCAGUGUCAUGUUCCUCACAAGUAGGUUCAUGGCCCUCAAGGCCCUGGGCACCCUCUUGGUGUUGGUAGAACCUGUGCCCUCUGGGGCCCUUGCUCAGCCUUGUUUUUCUUUUUCUUUUGGUACCAGGGAUUGAACUCCAGUCCUUGGACUUGUGAGGCAGGGAGCAGAACCAUUGAGCUAAAUCCUCAGCCCCCUUCUGACUUUCUGAAUGUCCAGUGGCUGGGAUUUAGGGAUAGAAGACACUGAUCCCAGUUGCCCAGUGGCUAGGAGGAGGGACUGGCUGUGUGUUUUGCUUGGCCUGUUUAUUUCCACUUCCUUACCUGAGGGACAGCUACCAUUGUCUUAGCUGUACUCCUGCCCCUGUCUCCCGUGGCCCUUCAGCAAUAUCCAGCUUGUGACACUGGGGGCACAGAAGCUUCCUUCCAAAGGUUCCAGAUUACUCUCCAGGUCCUCCCUCACCUGGAGCAGAGUCUAAGACACCCACCUGCCCUGGCAGUUCUUUAACAGGUGUGUGAUUAUGAUGGCAUGCCUGGAGUCCACCUUCCCAAACUUUAUGGGUGGAGGUGGGCUGUGGGACACCUCACCAUGCUGGCCAGUCUGCUUCAACUCAGGCCUGAUGCUACCAAGUGAAAAUGACAGCCACCAGGGGUUUGUAAAUUGCGUGCUCGUAUUUUUUUCCCUUCAUGUACAAAUGUAUAUGCUAUGACACACACCCCCUUUUGCUUAAAUAAAAGUGACAUUUUCAGCCGUGGUCCUGAUGUCUGGUGGAUG